AUGGAUGGCGAGUCCAGCCAAGAACGCGAAGCCCGCCUCCGAGCCCUCUGGCGUCGCCUCGACACCCGCAAACAGAACAAACUCGACCUCCCCGCCCUACAAGAUGGCCUUCGCGCUAUCGACCACCCGCUUAAAGAUGCCACGAGUCUCAUCCGCGAUAUGCUCACGGCAUGCGAUAUCAAUCACGACGGGGAGAUAACCUACGACGAGUUCGAUCGCUUCUGCAUCGAGACGGAACGGCAAUUACGGACGUUGUUCGAUAGUAUGGAUCGCGAUCAUAAUGGGAAGCUGGAUAAGAGUGAAUUAGCCUCUGCAUUUGACCGAGCAGGUGUGCUGGUAUCGAAUGCGCGACUGGAUCGAUUCUUUACCUAUAUCGAUAAGAACCAUGACGGGAACAUCGAUUUCAGCGAAUGGAGAGAUUUUCUCCUCUUCAUACCCGCAUCCGCGCCAGGCUUAAAUGCCGUCUUCAACUACUACACCUCCGCGCACAAACUCACGGCGGAAGGCGAUGUGCAGAUGACCGACCAAGCAAUAAAUGGUGCCGGUAUGACUUUUGAUUUCCUUCGAAAUAUGAUGUUUGGUGCUAUUGUGAAGCUUGUCCGGCCUACAUCUGCAAUAUCUCUUCCAGCAUCUGCACAUUCGCCACCAGUAUCAUCACAACCUCCACAAGACCAAGAACAUGACUACGAAGCAUUAUCUACACCACCAAACUACAACCCCGAAAUGAAGACCUUCGAACAACGACCUCACCAACCCACCGACCUUGCAUCAGAAGACCCACACAUGCCUCUCAAACCCGCCCGCCGGAAACUCCUCCACCACUCCAGCCCACCCAUCAAUAACCGCAGCGAAGAAGACACGGAGCUCGUAGAAUCGUAUGAACCCGUCACGCUAACCGACUUGGUGCCGGAUGUAGGCUACUUUGUCGCCGGCGGCUUGUCCGGUAUCACUAGUCGAACCGUGACGGCGCCGCUCGAUCGGCUGAAGGUGUAUCUGAUAGCGCAGACGGGGAAUGCGCAGGCGGCGGUCGAGGCGGCGAAGAGUGGGAAGGCGGUCAAGGCUACGCAGCAAGGGGCUAGGACGCUUUGGAAGGCGGUGGGGAAGUUGUGGGCGGCGGGUGGGGUUAGGAGUUUGUUUGCUGGCAACGGGAUCAAUGUGGUUAAAGUCAUGCCCGAAUCAGCGGUCAAAUUCGGUUCAUACGAGGCUUGCAAAAGAGCAGUAGCCCACAUGGAAGGCCACAACGACCCAACCAACAUCUCCCAACCCUCCCAAUUCGUCGCCGGCGGCGUUGCAGGCAUGAUCUCCCAAGCCGUCGUCUACCCCCUCGACACUUUGAAAUUUCGCAUGCAAUGCGAGACCGUCCCCGGAGGCCUCCACGGCAACAAACUCCUCCUCACCACCGCCGCCAAAAUGUGGCGAGCCAACUCCAUCUUCGCCUUCUACCGCGGCCUUUCUAUGGGAUUGGUCGGUAUGUUCCCGUACGCCGCCAUCGACCUCUUCACUUUCGAGACCCUGAAACGCCGGCUCGUGGCAAGGAAUAUGAAGAUGUAUGGGUAUAAACACGAGGAGGAUGCUCUGCCGGGCAAUUUCACCUUGGCGCUCAUGGGUGGUUUUAGUGGGGCUAUUGGGGCUAGUAUUGUUUAUCCCAUCAAUCUGCUGCGUACUAGGUUGCAGAGUCAGGGGACGGCGAGCCAUCCGAGGACGUACACUGGUAUUGUUGAUGUUACGCGCCAGACGAUUCGGGGCGAGGGGUGGAGGGGGUUGUUCAAGGGGUUGACGCCGAAUUUGUUGAAGGUUGUGCCGGCUGUGUCAAUUACUUAUGUCGUCUAUGAGAAUUGCAAGAAGGCGCUGCAUCUCCACUGA